CGAAAGGGGGAGGGAGGUCCCUGUUUUGGAGGAGCUAGGAGCGUUGCCGGCCCCUGAAGUGGAGAGAGAGGGAGGUGCUUCGCGGUUUCUCCUGCCGGGGGAGGUCCCGGCUUCCCGUGGAGGCUCUGGACCAAGCCCCUUCAGCUUCUCCCUUCGGAUCGAUGUGCUGCUGUUAACCCGUGAGGAGGCGGCGGCCGCGGAAGAUGGUGUUGCUGAGAGUGUUAAUUCUUCUCUUCUCCUGGGCGGCGGGGCUGGGAGGUCAGUAUGGGAAUCCUUUAAAUAAGUACAUUAGACAUUAUGAAGGAUUAUCUUACAAUGUGGAUUCAUUACACCAAAAACAUCAGCGUGCCAAAAGAGCAGUCUCACACGAGGACCAGUUUUUACGUCUAGAUUUCCAUGCCCAUGGAAGACAUUUCAACCUACGAAUGAAGAGGGACACUUCCCUUUUUAGUGAUGAAUUUAAAGUAGAAACAUCAAAUAAAGUUCUUGAUUAUGAUACCUCUCAUAUUUACACUGGACACAUUUAUGGUGAAGAAGGAAGUUUUAGCCAUGGGUCUGUUAUUGAUGGAAGAUUUGAAGGAUUCAUCCAGACUCGUGGUGGCACAUUUUAUGUUGAGCCAGCAGAAAGAUACAUUAAAGACCGAACUCUGCCAUUUCACUCUGUCAUUUAUCAUGAAGAUGAUAUUAACUAUCCCCAUAAAUAUGGUCCACAGGGGGGCUGUGCAGAUCAUUCUGUAUUUGAAAGGAUGAGGAAAUACCAGAUGACUGGAGUAGAGGAAGUAACGCAGACACCUCAAGAACAACAUGCUAAUGGUCCAGAACUUCUAAGGAAAAAACGUACAACUUCAGCUGAAAAAAAUACUUGUCAGCUUUAUAUUCAAACUGAUCAUCUGUUCUUUAAAUAUUAUGGAACACGAGAAGCUGUGAUUGCCCAGAUAUCCAGUCAUGUUAAAGCGAUUGAUACAAUUUACCAGACCACAGACUUCUCUGGAAUCCGUAACAUCAGCUUCAUGGUGAAACGCAUAAGAAUCAAUACAACUGCUGAUGAGAAGGACUCUACAAAUCCUUUCCGUUUCCCAAAUAUUGGUGUGGAGAAGUUUCUGGAAUUGAAUUCUGAGCAGAAUCAUGAUGACUACUGUUUGGCCUAUGUCUUCACCGAUCGAGAUUUUGAUGAUGGUGUUCUUGGUCUGGCUUGGGUUGGAGCACCUUCAGGAAGCUCUGGAGGAAUAUGUGAAAAAAGUAAACUCUAUUCAGAUGGUAAGAAGAAGUCCUUAAACACUGGUAUUAUUACUGUUCAGAACUAUGGAUCUCAUGUACCUCCCAAAGUCUCUCACAUUACUUUUGCUCAUGAAGUUGGACAUAACUUUGGAUCUCCUCAUGAUUCGGGAACAGAGUGCACACCAGGAGAAUCUAAGAAUUUAGGACAAAAAGAAAAUGGCAAUUACAUUAUGUAUGCAAGAGCAACAUCCGGGGACAAACUUAACAACAAUAAAUUCUCACUCUGUAGCAUUAGAAAUAUAAGCCAAGUUCUUGAGAAGAAGAGAAAUAACUGUUUUGUUGAAUCUGGCCAACCUAUAUGUGGAAAUGGAAUGGUAGAACAAGGUGAAGAAUGUGAUUGUGGGUAUAGUGACCAGUGUAAAGAUGAUUGCUGCUUUGAUGCAAACCAGCCAGAGGGGAAAAAAUGCAAAUUGAAACCUGGAAAACAAUGCAGUCCAAGUCAAGGUCCCUGUUGUACAGCACAGUGUGCAUUCAAGUCAAAGUCUGAGAAGUGUCGGGAUGAUUCAGACUGUGCAAGAGAAGGAGUAUGUAAUGGUUUCACAGCUCUCUGUCCAGCAUCUGACCCUAAACCAAACUUCACAGACUGUAAUAGACAUACACAAGUGUGCAUUAAUGGGCAAUGUGCGGGUUCUAUCUGUGAGAAAUAUAGCUUGGAAGAAUGUACCUGUGCCAGUUCUGAUGGUAAAGAUGACAAGGAAUUGUGCCAUGUCUGCUGUAUGAAGAAAAUGGAUCCAUCAACUUGUGCCAGUACAGGGUCUGCACAGUGGAACAAGCAUUUUAAUGGUCGAACCAUCACCCUGCAACCUGGCUCCCCUUGCAAUGAUUUUAGAGGCUACUGUGAUGUUUUCAUGCGGUGCAGAUUAGUAGAUGCUGAUGGUCCUCUAGCUAGGCUUAAAAAAGCAAUUUUUAGUCCAGAGCUCUAUGAAAAUAUUGCUGAAUGGAUUGUGGCUCAUUGGUGGGCAGUAUUACUUAUGGGAAUUGCCCUGAUCAUGUUAAUGGCUGGAUUUAUUAAGAUAUGCAGUGUUCAUACUCCAAGUAGUAAUCCAAAGUUGCCUCCUCCUAAACCACUUCCAGGCACUUUAAAGAGGAGGAGACCUCCACAGCCCAUUCAGCAACCCCAGCGUCAGAGGCCCCGGGAGAGUUAUCAAAUGGGACACAUGAGACGUUAACUGCAGCUUUUGCCUUGGUUCUUCCUAGUGCCUACAAUGGGAAAACACUCCAAAGAGAAACCUAUUAAGUCAUCUCCAAACUAAACCCUUACAAGUAACAGUUGAAGAUAAAAUGGCAAGAGAUCAUGUCCUCAGACCAGGUGGAAUUACUUAAAUUUUAAAGCCUGAAAAUUCCAGUGGGGGAUAGGGGGGUGGAAAAGGAACCCAGUUUUCUUACGAACAGAUAUUUUUAACUUAAUGGCACAAAGUCUUAGAAUAUUAUUGUGUACCCCGUGUUCCCUGUUCUUCGUUGCUGCAUUUUCUUCACUUGCAGGCAAACUUGGCUCUCUAUUAACUUUUAUCACAAAUUGAAAUAUAUAUAUAUUUUUCAACUGCCAAUCAAGGCUAGGAGGCUCGACCACCUCAACAUUGGAGACAUCACUUGCCAAUGUACAUACCUUGUUAUAUGCAGACAUGUAUUUCUUACGUACACUGUACUUCUCUGUGCAAUUGUAAACAGAAAUUGCAAUAUGGAUGUUUCUUUGUAUUAUAAAAUUUUUCCGCUCUUAAUGAAAAUUACUGUUUAAUUGACAUACUCAGGAUAACAGAGAAUGGUGGUAUUCAGUGGUCCAAGAUUAUGUAAUGCUUUAUGCAGGCAGUUUUGAAAUGAGAAUCACUUUACCUUUUUCUUAUGAUGGAUUUGGUUCUGAUAUUCAUUUUUUCUUUAUCAAAUGGCUGCUAUGAGCAUGAGUGAUUAUGCUGAAGAACACAGUUAAGUGUUGUGCAAACUGGACAUAAGCAGCAUACUACUUCAGAGUUGCUUCUUUAUGUAAAUGUCUGAUUUCUGCUUACAUAUUUUAAGCUUUCUAAUUCAAUUCCAUUUUUGAAUUGGUAGGUGAAAUUUUAUUCAUGCUUUGGUAGAAAUUAUAUCAGUGAAAUU